UUCCCCCACGAAGCGGUUCUCCAUAGCAAAGCAGCGCCUCUUUCUUCUUCAAUUUCGAAAUCCUGACUCGAUCAGAUCAGAUCGAAGGUUAUCACCAUCUUCUCCGAUUUCUCUAACCGAGUGGCCACCGAUCUCCGCCGGCGAUGUUCGUGAGAAAGCUUGUCGAGAAGGCCUCCAAAAAGCACGCAGGCAAUAACAUCAACGGUCUCAGAGCAGAGGACUUGAAUCCUCACAUCGCGUUCCACUAUGGCAUCCCGUCGGGAUCCUCCUCCAUGGCUUACGACUCCACCCAGCAAAUUCUUGCCAUUGCUACCAACGAUGGCCGUAUUAAAUUGUUUGGAAGAGAGAAUACCCAAGCACUGCUCCAGUCGGAUGAGGCCGUUCCCAGCAAAUUCUUGCAGUUUCUUGAAAAUCAAGGCAUUCUCUUAAACGUGAAUACUAAUAAUAACAUCGAGGUGUGGGAUGUUGAUGUUCAACAACUAUGUCAUAUUUAUAUGUUCAAUGAAGAAAUAACAUCAUUUUCUAUUAUACAACGGUCUUUGUACAUGUAUGUUGGGACUUCUAUUGGGGAUAUUUCAAUCUUGAAGCUUGACCAGAGAGAGCGAAAAUUACUUCGCAUGCAAUACAGAAUUCCUUUUAUGGAGUCUUAUGGUAAUGUUAUUGAAAGUGGUGAUCAAAUUCCAAUUGCACAUAUCUUGCCACAGCCUAUGGCUGAGACGAGGAGCAGGGUUCUUAUAGUUUUUAGAGAUGGACUUCUAAGUUUAUGGGGGAUUCAAGAAAGUAAGACAUUGUUUACUUGUGGAAGUGUGGCACUUUCUUCAAACUAUGAAUCUCGAGCGGUGAUGUCAGCUUGUUGGACUUGUACGUUUGGUAGCAAGGUUGCUAUAGGAUAUAGCAAUGGAGAUCUUUUUCUCUGGGCCAUACCAGUGAUUUCAGAGAAGCAUGGUACAAUGUUGAACAAAAAAGAGAUUCAUGCUGCUCCAAAUAUUCCUUUUUUGAAGCUUAAUCUCGGUUACAAGAUGGACAAGAUUCCUAUUACCUCUCUGAGGUGGGUUGUUUCCGAUGGCAAGGCCAGCCAUCUUUACAUCAAUGGUUUCUCUGAGUUAGGAAAUUCCUCAUUUCAGGUUAUAAUUCUUAAUGAUAACUCUGAAUCCCGAACUAUCAAAUUGUCGCUUCCUCUAACUGAACCAUGUCUAGGGAUGGAAAUUAUUUCAAGUUACAAUGAUGGCAACAAACAAAAGAAAGAUUCCCUUGUUCUUUUAUUGAAAUCGGGCCACCUAUGUCUUUAUAGUGACUCAGAAAUUGAGAAUUCUCUUCUGAAAUGCCAAUCUAAAUCAACUCCAUCACUUCCAAACCAUACAAUUGUGAAGCUUCCUUAUUAUGAGUCGAGGAUCACUGCUUCAAAACUUUAUGGAGGUUUCUUGUCAUCUUCAGGUCCUACUGAAGAGGAUAAUCUUUUCUUGGCCAACAAGUUUUCGCACUUCCUCUCAGCUGAUAAGAGGGAAAAUUUGGUACAUGUAAGUACCCGCUUUGAAGGGUUUGCAAAGACUAGAAGGUUAUACAUUACUGGACAUAUGGAUGGAGCCAUAAAUUUUUGGGAUGCUUCAUUCCCGGUUCUUCUUCUUAUGCUAACAAUUAAACCCCAGCAAAGUGAGGAAGGGAAUGCUUCAAGUAAUUCUUCUGUGACGGCACUCCAUUUUGAUUUCUUGUCCCAAAUUCUUAUUUGUGGAGAUCAGAGUGGUUUGGUUCGCAUCAUUUCUUUCAAAAAAGAGCAACUUUCCUCAGACAAUAUGUUUUCGUUUCUUCAAGCAAAGCUAGGGGCCAACUACAUCAUUCAGACUAUUAAGCUUAAAGGAACUAUAUUAUCGCUUGGCGUCAAUACUGAAUCCAAGCAUGUUGCAGUUGGAACUGACAAAGGAUAUGUAUAUGUUUUUGACAUAAAAGGGGCGUCUAUUUUAUACCAAAAGCAAUUCCCGACUCAGAUAUAUACUGGCACCAUUUCUUUGCAGUUUGAGAACUGCAACCAUAAUGGUUAUAUCAAGAAUGUUUUGUUGAUAGCCACAGAAGACUCCUCAGUCAUAGCUGUUGAAGCGGAUACGGGAAAUGAUUUGAGCAGCAAUGGAAUACACACCAAAAAACCAUCUAGAUGUUUACUAAUGCAGAUAUUAGAUAUUUCACCAGAUGGAGUAUGCACAGCUCACUUGCAGGAGCUGAACCAAGGAAAGGUUGAUAAGGACAAAACGAUAAACCAGUCAUUAAUCUUGCUUUGCUCUGAAAAAGCUGUGCGUCUAUAUUCCCUGAAUCACGCAGUCCAGGGCAUCAAGAAGUUGCAUUGCAAGAAAAAGUUAAGUGGCCCUUGCUGUUUCACUUCAGUUAUUUCUAGCCAUUCUUCUGAGAUUGGCCUUGCUAUUCUCUUUGCCAGUGGAAAAUUGGAGAUAAGAUCCCUUCCAGAUCUAACCCUUCUAAAGGAGAUGACAGUGAGAGGCUUUAUAAAUUCAGCUAUGAAAUCAUACCCAAAUUCAAAUGGUGCAAUUUGCUGCUCAUCUGAAGGAGAACUUCUCAUGGCUAAUGGAGAUCAAGAGAUGAUCUUCUUCUCAAUUUUGAUGCAGAAGGCUGUCAACAGGAGCCUGGAGUCUAUCAGUAAGGUUUACAAGAGGGGUGUUAUCAUGCAGCAAGAAAGUUUUCCUAAUCUUAAUGCCCACAAAGAGAAGAAAAAUAAGGGUAUAUUCAGCAUGGUUGUAAAAGGUAGCAAGUCAAAGCAUAAUGAAGAAACUGUUCCUGAAGUUUCUUGCUCAAAUUCUAUUGAAGACCUAUCAAACAUAUUUUCAACAGCCAAUUUCGAAUCUACUGAUGAAAUCACGAAUACCUCAGCCAAAAAUGAAGAAAUUGAUGAAUUGGAUAUAAAUGAUAUUGAUCUUGAUGACACUAAAGACAAACCCAAAGGGCUGAAUUUUCCUGCUCUAAAUAAACAGAGCCUAGGCAAGAAACUUCAGGAAAUCAGGGGGAUAUUGAAGCCCAAGUCUGAGGAAAAGUUGAAUGCCACAAAAGAGAAAAACGAAGAUGAGAAGUCGCCUGGUACAGUUGAUCAGAUCAAGAAGAAAUACGGAUAUUCAACAGGCACUGAACUAAGCGUUCCGGCAAUUGCGAAGGACAGGCUGAAAGACAACUCGAGGAAGUUGCAGGACACUGGAACUCGGUCAUCUGAGAUGCAGGAUACUGCUCGAUCUUUCUCUUCUAUGGCAAAAGAGUUGUUAAGAGUUUCUCAGAAAUAAGAGCACAAAGACCUGAUUUUCCGUUUUUCUGCUGUUUGUGCAUACAGUUAUAGAGGCCCAGUUUCUGUUUAUCAGCAUUCCCAUCCACUUGGAUUGAAUCCCAUUCAUCCAAAAUAGAUCGAACGGCUGGCAGAUAGAUAAAUGCAUCCCCAUAUGUCCUCUUGUGGCUUUUUUAUAGAUUAUUGUUUGUUUGUUUAUAAUUCUUUGUUUGUUUUGUAGUUCAAGCCAUCCAUUUUCACUCGAGGAAAUAAAAGUGAAAUUUGCAUGGCUUUCUGUUUACAAGUGUAUUGUUAAUUAACCAAUUUAUGGGCCUUUUUGUGCAUAAACAAUUUAGAGUGGCUACAAAAAUGAAAAUUCAGUCUGAUUUAUUUAA